CAUUGGCUCAACGUCACUAGCAUUUCUCCCCUGUGAGAGAAAGGGCCGCGGAGGAGUUCAUGAAGGAAAUUCCCUCUGAGCGGUGCAGGCAGAGGGAAUGGGCCAGAUAAGAACAGCAGCAGCGGUGACAUUGACAUAAUUGCUACAGUGAAACAAGGGAAAUGUUCCAUUUUGCGUUUGAUGUGCACUUGCAGGUCCUUCUGGGAGUGGGCUUGGCCGUCUUCUGCUUCUGCCUGAUCCUGGGCUGCGUCCUGUGCUGGCGGCGCGGGAAGCCCCGCCCCCCCGAGGACAAGGAGGCGGCGAUGUCACUUCCUCCCCCGCCCACCGACCACGUCAACCUGGCCCUGACCUCCUCCUCCCUGCUGGCCCUGACCUCCUCCUCCCCGCUGGCCCUGACCGUGCCCAUCAAGCAGCAGUACGAGGAGCUGGAGGGGGACGUGUUGGACUACCCGUCCCCCUACGGCUGCUCGUCCCCCUCCCCGUCCCCUCCCCCGUCCCCCACCGAGGAGGACGUGGCCCCGCGGCCCCGGGCGUCCUCCGAGCUCAACGAGCACCCCAAGGCCCGCUUCCCCCUCCGCCGGCUCAGCACGCCCGCCUCCUCCUCCUACAAGCCCACGGUCCACGGGCGCGCCUCCCUGCCCUCCCUGCCCAAGCUGGGCCUGGUGUCCAAGACGCGGCGGGCGCUGGAGCGCCGCUGCACGGUCACGGGGGACAGCUUCCUGGACAGCGAGCGCAGCCGGCUGCAGCCCGCCUCGGGCCCCGAGGGGCCCCCGGCGCGCCCGCGCUACGGCUCCGCCGGCCGCAAGCCGGCCCUCAGCCUGCACUUCACGCUGCUGUUCUCGCCCGCGCGCGGGACGCUGACCGUGGCCGUCCUCGGCCUGCUGGGCGCCACGCGGCGCCUGGGCGGGGUGUUCGUGCGCGCCGCCCUGCCCCCGCUCUGCCCCGCCCCGCUGCAGUCCACCGCCCGGCGCCGGAGCCUCAGCCCCGAGUUCCAGAGCCAGAGCUUCGUGCUGCAGGCGGGCUCGGCCGAGCAGCUCCGCGGCUGCGCCCUGCAGCUGGCCGUCUUCGCCCGCGACUUCUCCGGCCUGCGGGAGGCGCCGCUGGGGGACCUGGAGCUGCCCUGCGGGGAGAUCGACUGGGAGCCGGACUGCGCCAUCGAGUUUACCGUAGAGCUCAGGCAAAGCAAGCACAAACUGAAAAAGAGCCAGAGUACCCAGGAUGCACUGGGCCGGAAAGGUUCUGUCUGUGCGCCCCGGGUCCUGGGUCAGCUCUUCGUCCUGCUGCAGUACCAGACUCUGGCCCAUCGCAUCAAAGUCAUGGUUCGCAAGGCUGAGAACCUGGCCAAGCUCAACAGAAUGCCAGGGACACCGGAUCACUAUGUAGUCAUAAACCUGCGCAAUAAGGGCGUGGUGAUUGGCUCCAAGGAGACAAAGGGAGCCGGUGGGUACAACGCGGUGUGGAACGCCCCCUUCCUGUUUGACCUGCCGUCUGGUGACGUCAACCAACUGCCCCUUGUGUUGGAGUUCAUUAUCAUGCAGGGGCGGAUCUACAAGAAGGGCAGCGUUCUGGGCCGCGUCCUGAUUGGCUGCGAGGCUCCAGAGACGGGGAAGACGCACUGGAAGGAUAUGUGCAGCCGGGGGCAGGUGGAGACAGCCCGCUGGCACGCCAUCCAUCCCGACUCGCCUUAGAGCAGAAGGGACGUCCGUGGACCCGUAGCUCUGUUCGAAACAUUCAAACCCCCUCACCUCCCACCCUCGAUAAUCUCUGCAUUCCCCACGGAGGGAACCCUGGUCCAGAAGCGCGGGGGGCGGGGGCAGGGCUGUGAAGAGGGCAAGGGGCUGUGUCCUCUCUCACGGCUGGCCUGACCCCGAAACUAAAACCAGACCCAGCCCUGAAGGUCCUGCCCAGUGAUCUUGCAUCUAGAGACCUACAGGUAUGCAUACAGGUGCCAGGGAGGUCGGGGUAUUCAGGGGAGGGAUGCUGGCAGGAGGCAUGGGUCAGGUCAGGCAUCACAAAGACCCAUGUAGCGCGGUUAGCACGGUGAAGUGCAGCGAAAGGCUCGUAGCAUGUUACCACGACAACACACCCCGGUGGAUGACAUAGCCCUAAAAUCCUAAAUAACCUGGUUGCCCUUGGCUAUGGGUGAUUUUUCCUUUAGCUGACGAGUAACGCAUUUGUCUAGGACCCUGUUCCUGGAGAUCCACUGUCCUGUUGGUUUUCACUCCAACCUCAGCAAAGCACACCUCAUUCAACAGGUAAAGAUCCUGUUGAGCUGCUAAUUAGUGGAAUCAGGUGUGGGCUGCAAUGAAAACCUUCAGGAUGUUAGAUCUCCAGGAACAGGGUCUAAUCCCACCUUGGACCCAAUCGCUAACUCAUUACAUCUGCACCUUUGUGUCAUUAGGGUUCAGACAGAGGGAACUCUUCAAUUCAGCUGUCAUAGCCCCAUUAUGUGGUUCAUAUUGUGCACAGGAACACAUACUUUCUAGGCAUGCUGUUACACACACACACACACACAGCCUUAUCUUUGACAGCUUUCCUUCCAUCAAGGUAGGAAAGUGAUGUGCUCCAAGAUGAAGCGUAGUUCCUGGGAGUCCAUCCUCUUCACGUGGGCUGCGGCUAUCUUCCUGCUUUGCAUGACUGUAGUCUCGAGCAAACAAUCUGUUCACUGAUAGCCAUAGUCGUAGAACUUUGUCAAGUAGCGUUUUUAGGUUGUAUUCCAGUGAGGCUCCCCAGCACUUGAGAGAUUUUGAGGCACUGCACCUUAUUUUUGUCCCCAGAACAAUUUCAUUGCUAAUGAGCAUCUCAUUUUUCAUCAUAAUCUCCACAUGGGGUCCCAAAACUAGACUUAUCUAUCAUACCGUGGUUUUUAGCACCUCUGGUCAAAUUGCAUGCUUUCUUGGUUUUUGUUGGUGAAAAUUUUCAUCAGGGAUGCCCAACUUUUACAUAUUACUGUAGGGCAAUGUCCCUCCAUCGUCAUCUGCAUGCCUUGCUGGAGAUAAAACCCCCAAACCUAUGCCUACUGUAUCAUGCGAUAUGUAACAAAAUCAAUUCCCAGAGACACACCCUGAACAAAUACACACAUUCCAUUGAAAAAAUUCCUCCAGUGCAUUUGCAUUCUCUGUCAAAAACACACGGCCAAAACCAUCCAUGUCUUCCACAUCAAAAGUUCCCAAAGUCAUUCACAUGCCCUGCCUACAUCUUCCACUGGACACAUUCCCCCCAAAAUAGCUGCAUAUCUUGCUGGAGCUGCACUGUAUUUAUAUCUGUUGAAAUGCUGUUUAUGGCUUAUUUUAAAGUGUUCAUUAUUCUUCAAGGGCAUGAAGUGUUAUGGAUAUUAUUCUGUUUACUGCUUUUAAAUUACUUAAAGCUGAGAAUUCUGUUAUGUUGUGUAUUGGUAUUACUUUGAAUUAAAAUGAUGCAUAAAUAAAA